AUGGUCUAUGUCGUUUCGGAUCCUCAUUCCUCCGGCUUCCUCAACUUCUUGUUCACUUGGUGUUACUGGGCUUUGUCGUUUUUCGACAAAAAAGACGACAAUAACAGUACGACACCAGUGAAACAGGGGGAGGGGAGUGUUUGCACAGCAACUGGAAACAUUCGAAACGAGAGUUUUGAGUUGGUUGUUCGCUCUCUUGCGCUUUGCCACUGCUCAUGGAUUUUGUUAGGUACACACACACACACACCUCUUUCUCACAGUGUUCGCGAUCAUUUUAGCAUGAUUAUUAUUCAUUGAAAUCUCAUUAACGCUGUUCUCUUCCUUCUCACCCCACCCCACCUCAGUUUGGAUACUGCUCUACUCUACGUACAGUCUUGUUUGAGUCGUUAUCACUCACUCCUUCUCUUUCUCCCGUUUCUACAUACGUACUUUGUUCCAGGUUCCUGUGCUCUGCGUUUCACCACGUCGUCCUCCACCCUUGUCAUGGAACUGUUCCGAUCGCCGCCGCCGUCGGCGCUCUUCUCCACUCCGUCGGCGUUCGUCGCCGCGGCUCAGUCGGUCCUUCAACACUCGUCGCCCGGCGUGAUCGCCUCUCCGAACGGACAUUCCACGUCGCCAGUCACCUCCGCCUCGCCGCCCGGCCUUCCGCUCUUUCUCCAGUUUCCGAGCACGUCGACCACGACGAGCAUCCUCAUGGAUACAGUGCUCGCCGCGCAGAAGCUUAACCAGCAGCAGCAGCAGCAGUCGCUGAACUUUAUCGUCUCGAAGCAAGAACCGCCGAUGCUUUCGACGACGACGUCCAGGAAUUCGCCCCCCAACUCUAUCAAGGUGCGUUAGCGCUUACGAAAGGUCACGAUAAAAAAAAGAAAAACAACUACAUUCCCAGCCGCCGGUCUAAUGUGUUCAGGUGUUUAGCAGACUAUCGCAUUCCGAAAGCGAACCAAUAUUUGAUCUGAAAUCUGAUAGGUCAACGCGAGAGACAGACGAAACUGAAAUUAACAUUUUGUUACAUUGAUGCUCUCCCACCCCCUCCUCAUUGCUCCAAAUGUUUUCAAUUUUUGAAUCUCGGUAUGAUUUACCGGUUUCGGCGAUGUGGAUGUAUGCAUCAGAUACGACCUCCCGGUGGCUCUCGCUGAAGAUCGCCAUCAAAUCGGGAGAAGGCCCGAACAAAACAAACAGACAUCGGUUACAAAUGCAAAAAGAGGAACGCCUUUUAUGGGCUCAAAUUGUUUCGUUCUUGCUCUCUGAUCGAUGCUCUUCCACUCCUCCUUCUUGCUUAGUCAGGUGCGCACACGUAUGUACUUGUGUGCAAACGCGCCGCCGCAAGCCCGAAUCAUGAAUUGGUCAUGAAUUCGCUCCGUACUUGUGAUCGAUCAGUAUCAAUGAAACAAAAUGCCAACCGGAAACAUAUUGGAAUUCACGUGUCUGUUCGAGGUGUUUGCACAUGAGCGGCGGCAUUUGCGAAAAGAGACAGAGAAUCGGAGCAUAGAUAAAAUUGAUGUCGAAGGGGUUAAUGGGUUGGACUACUGUAGUUGGUUAGAAGCGUCCCCGAGAGCACUAAAGCUAUGAGUACUGUAGUCCCUGGAAGAUCACUUCAUCUACCGUAGUUCAUUCGCUCAUUCUUCUUCCAAUUUAUCCACUUGAUCUCACUUUCUCUCCCGCCUCACUUUCUCUCAACUGUUGCCAAUUUCAAUUUCAAUUUCAAUUAGAGUCUAUUUUUCGCUGACCCAAUUUCCGGGAUCGGGUACCAAGUAACAAACUGAUAAUAGUGACAGUCUAAAAAACUAGUGAACAUGAACAGACAAACAAGAGAUCAACGAGACCAUCUCAACUCAAACUGCGCCAUAGUUCAGUGUCUGCGUCUCUUCAACCGGCACACUCUCUCGUCGCACCUUGUGCUGCAAACGCAACAAAAUGUAAACUUUCUCUGCGCGUACCUCUCCGAUUCGCCCGCUCUUUCGUCGGCCCUCUCCGCCCGGCGCACUCUCUCUCCGAUUCGUCUCAAUGUCUGCGCAUCUUGCCGGUGAGACGGGAAGAAAGAUACGGCCGCCGCGUAGGCCAGAAUGCCCCCUCCUCCUCGCUCUCGCGCUCUCGAUCAUACUUCGCUCUCCGUAUCAAAGGAUCGCAUGCACUUUUCAUCUUCUGAUUCCUUCACGACGGGCAGAUCUCGGCCCUUAGUCCUCCCGCUUUAACUUCUUUUCUUCCUCCUCCUUCUCUGUUUUUGUAGUGUCACGGUUUGAGUGGUUGCAAAUUGCAAUGUUCAAAGUAGACUAUAGUCUUGCAAGAUAUGGGAAUCGAGUUAACAUUCGUUCCAAAUCACAUUUCGGAGUGCACCUUUACCUGAAGCCUAAUCCCAUUCCAUUCUUUCAUUCUUCCGUGUCUAAUCCCCCACAGACAUCUAGCACAAAGCUCGUGUUCCGUUGCUCUGAGAUCCGAGUCCAAUUAGCGCGUGUUCUCUGAAAGCGUGUCCAAUUCGAAUUUUUGUAUGUGCCACGUGUUUUGGUUGUUUGAGUCAGAUAGAGUGUAUGUAUGCUCUGAGUUUGCUCAAACCGCUCUACACACAAAUCACAAUGAAGACAAAUAUCUCAUUUCUCCGGACUUGUCCGCCUAUCUAAUCCUCUCCACCACUCGUACUCUAUCUCUUGUCGUCUAAAAAGAGCACCCGACACAACUUUCAUGUCUCAAACAGACGCACACACACAUACACAAUUGUUGCAUAUUAUUCCGAGAGAAAGAGAGACCGAACUAUAGAAAGAAAAGAAGAGGACAAACACAAAGGCCAAAGACUGCCCGGCGCCCUUCCUCCUCCUCCUCCAGAGCUGUUUGUGUGUGUGUGUGUGAGUGCGUGUCAUCGGAAAUGUUGCACAUCCGCCCCACCCAAAAACACCCUUGAAGCGUGCGAAAAUGCGUCAAGAGUAUUCGGUUUCGACAGUGACAAGUACUGCGCGAGUACGUCAUUGCCUCCGGAAAAUGAGGACGAACUACUUUAGCCAGACGUCACUUUCACGCUUUUGGGAAAUAAUGAAGCCCGCCUAAUUCAAUUUUUUCGAAAACAAACGCUCUUGAAAACGGCUAUUUCCUCAAAAAUGAGAAGUUAAAUCAAAAAUACGACUCUAGUGCGCACUCUGAAAUUCGAUAAGCUAUUGUUUUCAAAAAAAAAGUGUCGCAAAAUUCGGUCUAUGACGCAAAUCGUUCAAAUUCCAAUUUAGUGCGUUUCGCUGGUCUAGAAUUUGAUAAAAACGUUCAGCUGUGCGAUCUUUGGACAGCAAAAUUGAACAGAUUUUUUCAGAUUUUUUUAACUCAAAGAACAGACAGCAUCUUUUGUGUGACAAAACCAUCGAAACAAGUUUGGGUAAUAAGUUUUACGCGUCGUCUCGUUUUCACUUUUCCUCUCUCCGUUCUUUCUCUUGUCAAUACUUCUUUUUUCGCGAAUAAACUGAAACAGAGAAAGACGGAAAAGGCGCAAAGAACCGGUCUUUCGGCGGAGGAGGCGACAACUGAAAAUAAGGUUUUUCCGACACGAAGUCUAUCAAUCGAUUAGGCGUCUCUGCAGACAGUUAGUAUCGAUAUCAUCCACUUUGAACAGUUUUCCCUUCUCCGUGACUUCCGUGUUUUGCUGAUAAUUUCAAAUUGUUUACUGAAAACCGCAUAACCUUUUCGAAAUGCGAUGGAAUUUGUACCCGGAAUUCCCGGUCUGAUCAUGGGUUUCUUGCUUUUGAAGGCGUCCAGAGCAAAGAGCGCUCACCGAAUCACGGCGGAUUUCGCAAAAGCCAAUAAGCCGAACGGAUUAUAAAGUCUCCUCAUUACUUAUCCGGAUCUCUGAGUUUAGAACGAAGCACGCUUCGAUGACUUCACAAUAUGCAUACUCUCAUUUUUAGCCAUAAUAAUGACGUGACUAUUCGAGAAAGAGAGGUGUGUGAACCCGCUUUUGCUUUUGGUAUGCGAAUAACCAUAGACAGCAGAGAGCACAAAAAACGUGCGUGGUCUGUUGUUGUUCCGUCGAUCGGCGUGUGAGCCGUUGCCAUGAGCUCCCGACUGAGUAGUGCUCAUUAGAGUGAGCUGUACACCACCGAACCUAAGCUCCUUGCUCUCAUUUCUCACCUUCUCUCGUUCUUCUUCGCAGCAUUUUCCACGAGUGCCUUCUCUUUUCUGUUGUCGCCGUGCGUGUACGUGUACGGGUAUCUCUCCUUCCUUCCUUCUUCUCCAACACAAAACAUCCACCACCACACAGAGCGGCCGCAAAUAGGACAUCCUUCCUCUUCCUUUUUCUCUCAGGUGGUGCCCUUUCUCGAGUACCCAUUCCGGGCGAUGAAACUACACACACCGAAAGCAUUCUUCAUCCUGAGAACAGGUCGAAUUACGUUUUGUUUGUGUAGAAGAAGAAUAAGAAAUACGAGAACAACAAUCGGUUGGACUGAGCUGAGCUCAAGCUCCUCGUGAUGUCCUUUUCGUCAGUUUUUUUGCUUCCAGAGGUUUCUAUUUCUGACGGUUCACUUCUUUUCGGCGUCUCAGAUCAGUAUGUCUAUCCUCUCUUUUUCUCUUCCUUCAUUUUCUUCUUUGCCUCGUCUCGUCUCGUUCUCAAAUGGUUGGCUUCAGAUGAAGAGCGACUGGGGCUCCAGUUUCUUCCAUCCGCACCAGUCUCAGACUCCGUCGCCGUACCCUCCGAUGGGUCCGCCGCCCCCGCACUCCUCCUCCUCCUCAUUUUUCUCGCCGGGACCACCACAGCACCAUCACCAUCAACAACAUUCGCACCAGUCGCCGCAAAUGAGCAGUCAGUUGCAUCAACCGAUUCCGAUGGUGCAUCAUCCCUUGCAGCAGCACCCCAUGAAAUGCUCGCCGGACCGGGCGAGCGAGCAGGAGACUGUGCUGCCCGGCGGCUCCUCCGUUUCUGGACAGAUUAAGGCAAGAGACUGGAGGCUGGGAAUGUAGUUUGAGAGGGGGAAAACAAAACGAAAAAGAUGAUUGUUAUUUAGACUAGACGAGCAAUAAUAACAAAUGCAUUUUUCAGGGCGAGCGAUGUGUCGGCUGUGGGAGCGAGUCGGCGAUUCGAGUACAUUACGGAGCCAGCUCAUGCCACGGAUGCAAGGCGUUCUUCAGAAGAUCCGUCUUCGAGGGGAGGGUCUACAUGUGCUCGGCCGAGAAUCAGUGCGACAUCACAAAUGGUAAGUGGAGGAUGAUGAUGGGAUGAUAGCUAAUCAAGACAGUUUUCAGAGUCUCGCAACCGAUGUCGUGCCUGCCGCCUCCGCAACUGUCUGGACGGUGGAAUGAACCCGAAGCACGUGCGAGAGGAGCGCUCGAAGAUCGAGCGAAUGCCCGGCAACACGUGCACAGUGUCGGCCACGAACGGAGUCAGCCACAAUCAGCCGACGACUUCGGCGCAGAGCCACGGGUCCUCCUCGUGCUCCUCUUCAAACUCUUCCGCUCCUUCUACCCUACAUUCCUCUUCCAACAGUUACUCGGCCGCUCCAAUCGAGUCCACGACAUCUUCCGGAUCCGAAUCAGAGGUUUUGGACAGAAAAAGCGCUCCGGAGAGCCCGUUGACACUGUUCAUGGUGGCUCUGGAGAAGCAAACGGAGCAGCUGACCGACGACGAAGUGCAGGACAACGAUGUGAUGGGCGCCUGGAGCAGAGACGUGAGUCUGACGUUCGGACUGCAGCAUCCGCAACUGGUCAUCAAGAGAUUGCCGGUGAGUUCUAUUGACAUUCUGAAGACAUCCUCGACUGACUGAGAGCGCUUGCAGCUCACGUACACAUGCGAACGGAUAAUGGACGCCUCGGACCUCUACCUUUCCUGGUACCGCUCUUUCGUUUUCUGCGCCGAUUGGGCGAUGGGAAUCCCAGAGUUCCGAGUGCUUCCCCUCGCCGAUCAGACGACUCUGUUCAAGCAGAAUUUUAUGGCGUUCGGAUGGAUCACUUUCGCCUACAAGUGCUUCAUUCUCAAGCAGAACACGGUCGGAAUCCCGCUCGGAAACGGAGCAUUCAUUCCGUACAACGAUGAGGAUCAGAAGAAACUUCCGGAGCGAUGGCAACUCACCUACGGAGUCGUCUGCAAGAAACUGAUCGAGCUGAUCGUCAAAGUCAUGAUCGAGCUGCAGAUGAGCGAGGAGGAGUACUGUCUGAUCAAGACCAUCUCUCUUUUCCAGCAAGGUAAGCAGCUCAUUCAAGUUGAAGCUUCCAUUUCUUGUUUUACAGAUUGCAUUCUCUCGGAGGCCGGUGCCGGAAUCUGCUCCCGAAUGCGUGAUCGUCUUCUCGAUGCUCUAUCGAUCCACAUCGAAAAGAAGUUCCCAUUCCACACUCAAAGUCAGCGACUCACCCGAGCCCUGAAGAUCUCCCUCAUGCUCCCCAGCUUUUCGGUUAGUCAAACAUGUCAGAUAGCCAAGAAAAAACUCUGGAUUUUCAGCACAUUGGCCAAGUGGAAUCCACGCUGAUCCAGCAGCUGACAGCCGCGGACCUCCACCAAUUGAGCGGUGUUCCGAUGGAAAUCUGUGCCGCGCAACAAUCCGUGUAG